UCAUAUACAACAUUUCACGUUUUCAUAUUCUAGUAAAAUUUUUCCAAGAGAUAAUUUUUGUGUUCAAUUAACCACAAUAACAACUUUUUACUAAUGCCAAUGAAUGAUGAAUUAUGGCAGGACUUUUGCAGCAUAUCAACCGAUCCACCUGAUAGACGUAGUAAAUGUGAACAAUGCAAACGACCAAUGGUGGUAUGCUGGUGUGUUUCACUGCCUAACCCUAAAAUAGAAACUAAAUCAUCUAUUGUAAUAUUACAACAUCCAGCUGAGGAAAAACGCUCACUGCGUACUGCAUUAAUGCUACAACUUGGCUUAGCACCAGGCAAAUGCACUGUCUAUAAGGGCAAACGGUUUCCUUCAGCAAAAAAUCAUGCCGAAUUAGAACCAAUAUUGAGCUCACCUAAUUCAUUACUUUUAUAUCCGAGCAAAGGUUCUGUGGCAAUUGAGACAAUCGCUUCAGCUACUGCCAAUAAAUCGCAUGCAGAAUACACGCUAGUAUUGAUAGAUGGUACUUGGCCACAGGCUAAAUCAAUUUAUGCCAGUAGUCCUGCUUUACAUAGUAUGCGUCAAGUGAAAUUAAUAGCUGUGGGCGUUAGCGAUUAUAUUAUACGUACUCAACCCACAGAAGGUUGCUUGAGCACACUAGAAACAGCUGCACAAAGUUUAGCUGUUCUCGAGGGAAGACCUGAUUUACGUGAUAUACUCGUAAAACCAUUACAUACGCUUUGCAAAUAUCAACUUGAAAAUGGUGCUGUCGAACAUCAGUCAAAGGAAUAUCGUAUACGAAAUAAACAAUAUCCUAAACAAAUUGGGAAACGUUUAAAUCGGUUGCUCAAUUAUAGCACAAUUUGCGGCAUGGACGCUGAUGAAAAUAUUAUAGAUGCUAGAGAAAGAAUAGAACAAAAUACGUGAAAUGAAAUGUUGGAGAAAUUCUGAUUCUGAUUAUGUAUUGCUUUCGUUAUUAUUAAAGAGUAAUUUGGUAUAAGCUUCAAUUUUAUAACGGAUAUUUCUUGCAAUCCAAGCGAGUUUUUAAUUUGAAAGCAUAACAGAUACGAUGGAAUAAUAAUUUUAAUUGACUAAAGUCGAAGCCACAAAUAAUUGUUAUAAUAACAUUCUAUUUUAGAAAACAGCUGUAAAUAGUCGGAAAAACUGUUAGCUGCAAUCUAUAAUGAUUUAUGAUUUAUAUAAGAAAAUGACAAUAUCGUCAGCAAUAAUCAGUAAAGAAAUACAUUUCAGUGUGGUGCUUAUCCUAGCUAAAAAUUGUAACCAUACAAAGUGACCGUUCCAGAAGCUGCCAGAUAUCUCUCCUAUAUUCACUCAUUUUUAAACAAUCAAAUUUCGCUUACCUCCUUCGAGAGAAUAACAAAAAUAAUAACAACAGUGUUUCACAACGGAUAUAAAAAAAUCUAGUAUGUUUACUCAGUACUAAUGAACUAAUAUCUUACAUGCAUAUCUGAUUGUCUAUUUAUCCGGCAUUUAACCUCAUUUAAGGAAUAACAUAUAAGGAUGCUGCUUUGAACAAAUUCUGAAAUGAUAACAUCACGACUGUAAAAUUGUAAAAAUAAAUAAUAAUAUUUCUUUUCAUCAGGACUCAUAGAAACCAUUUCAAUUAAAAGUGAUUUUUAUACAGAAAAGAAAUAAGAUAUACCAAAAUUAAUAGAAUAAUAUAACAAAAAUCAAUAAUUCCGACUCUC